UUCAGAGCGCAGGCUGCUGAUCGUCGGUGUAUGAGAAGCGAGCGGCCAGUCGGCAGGCUGUCAGAGCUCCUCGCGGCCACACAUUGGCGCCCUGCUCCGUGCGUGCAGACCUGCCCAGUGAAAGAUAGCCAGACACCUGCAAAACAACUGCACGCUUGCUUUCUUAUUGGGGCUUUUUUUGUUUUUCCAUGCUGGAGGAAAAAGUUUUGAUUGAUUUUGCAAUUUACAGGGAGGAGACGUUUUUUUACACCCUAUUGAAGCAUUCUUGUGGUUGCUAUUUAUAUCUACUGGAGUAAGACAUCGGAGGCGAAGAUAUGAAAUUAGCUGUUAGCUGCCCUUGGAUCCUUUGCUGCGUCUUAGUGUGCGUGGUGUCAGCUGGCACUGAGUCUUUUCCAGAAUCAUCACUCAAGACAAGAAUGAGUAAAGACAGAUGGAAAGAAGCGAGACAAAGUCAAUACAGAUGUCUCGAUACGUCCGACAAAGACAGUCUGCAAAACACAAGCGGUGAGAGGCACUUCUGUGGAAAAAUGUGGGAUGACUUUUUGUGCUGGGAAGAAACACCAGCAGGUACAUGGAUAACACAGAGUUGUCCCAAUCACACUCCUGCCGGAAACGUGACUAAAUAUUGUGACCAAUGGGGUAAAUGGGUCCAAAUAGGUUCUACCUGCCCAGAGGCCUCCAAGGACACAACAGAGGACCUUUAUAAUAGACUCAAGGACGUCAAUGAACAUAGCAGGACUAUAGAGAAGAAAAUACAGGAGAACAAAGAGAAAUGCCUCAAGAAUAUGAAACGCGAUUCACCUCAUAAUAAAACAGGCUUGUUCUGUAGUCACAUUUGGGACGGUUGGCUUUGUUGGGAUGACACCCCGGCGCAAACCUACGCCACGCAGAACUGUCCUGAUUAUUUCCUCAACUUUGAACCCUCAGGAAAAGCAAGUAAAUACUGUGGAGAGGAUGGAGAGUGGUUCCGCCAUCCUGAGAGCGACACAUUCUGGACCAACUACACCCUCUGCACCAGCAAAUUUGAUAAGACGACAAGGAAGCAGAAACUGCUUGAGAGUGAAUACAAAUGUCUCUUGAAAAUGAGCCAAGACGCCACCUUUAAUGAAUCAGGACUUUACUGCAGUCGGAACUGGGAUGGCUGGUUGUGCUGGGACGAUACUGCAGCAGGAACCUACGCCGCCCAAAAUUGUCCAGAUUACUUGUCGUAUGCAGAACCCACAGAAAACGCGACCAAGUACUGCGGAGAGGACGGGCAAUGGUAUCGCCACCCGGACACCAAGAUCACAUGGACCAACUUUACACUCUGUGCCGUCGACAUUCAGGAAAGGCUGGAGGGGGCAAGCGCACAGCUCUCAGGCGACACGGAGCAAGACUUUGCCAACAAGGCCACAGCGGUGGACACAGAGGAGCAGGAGCACAGGAGAAAUCAAAUCCUCGACAGCCAAUACAAAUGCUUUGAGAAGAUGAAGAGUGAUCCUCCUUAUAACAAAUCAAAAGGGUACUGCAGUCGCAACUGGGAUGGCUGGUUGUGUUGGGGGGACACGCCUGCAGGAACCUAUGCCUCUCAAAACUGCCCCAAUUAUUUUGCGGACUUUGACCCUACUGAAAAGGCAACCAAGUACUGUGAGGAGGAUGGUCAAUGGUUUCGCCACCCUGCCACCAACAGAACUUGGUCAAACUACACACUCUGCAAUGAAAACACAAAAGCAAAGCUGCAGUCGGCGUACAUCCUGUUUUACAUGGCUAUUGUGGGUCAUGCCUUGUCUAUAGCCUCCCUGCUCAUCUCUUUGGCCAUCUUCUUCUAUUUCAGGAGUCUGAGCUGCCAAAGGAUCACGUUACACAAGAACCUUUUCUGCUCCUAUGUGCUGAACUCUGCUCUGACCAUCAUCUACCUAGUGGCUGUGGUCAACAAUCCUCAAGUUGUGGCCAGAAACCCUGUAGGCUGCAAGGUGUUGCACUUCUUCCACAUGUACAUGCUGGGAUGCAACUAUUUCUGGAUGCUGUGUGAAGGAAUCUACCUGCACACACUCAUUGUGGUGGCUGUGUUUGCAGAGGAGCAGCAUUUGCAUUGGUACUACCUCCUCGGCUGGGGUUUUCCUCUCGUGCCUGCCUCCAUCCAUGCUGUAGCAAGGACGACAUUUUUUGAUGACAACUGUUGGAUGAGUGUGGAAACUCAUCUGCUUUAUGCAGUGCAUGGUCCUAUCAUGGCAGCUCUCCUUGUGAAUCUCUUCUUCUUGCUCAAUAUCAUCAGAGUGCUGGUCACCAAGCUGAGAGACACACACCGAGCCGAGUCCAAUAUGUACAUGAAGGCUGUGAGAGCCACGCUCAUCCUAGUGCCCCUUCUGGGAAUACAAUUUGUCAUCGUUCCCUGGAGGCCGGAGAACAUGCUGGCGGGGGAGGUCUUUGAGUACAUCAUGCACAUACUCAUGCACUAUCAGGGUUUACUGGUGGCAAUCAUAUUCUGCUUCUUUAAUGGAGAAGUGCAGGCCGCUCUGAAGAGACAGUGGAUGCAGUACAAGACCGAGUGGGGUCAAAGACGAAAGGACCACUGUUCCAUGCGCUCCACGUCGUACACGGCAACCUCCAUUACAGAGGUUCCUCCCUUUAUGUACCAUCAAGACGGCAACAGCGAACACUUGAACGGGCGCCACACGGACGACUCGGAACUGGUGGCGCUGAAAGUGGGCGAGAUUCCCUGAGUCUUGCAAACAGCACGGCAAUAGUCGAACAACAACUGCCACAUGGUUGCGACUGAAUCUCUGAGGCUAGUUUGUUUAGCCCUCGGGCCAAAAUGUGGACGAGGGGUUCAAAGGGCGACUGGGAAGGAGGAGGAGUCACUUCUAUCACUUUAUCGCAGCUGCUUUGUGACAAUGCCGAUGCUUGUGAGACUUAUGACGAGUCACACUGGUGGCGAGGAGACGGGAAUAACUGUGAUGACAAUGUAAUUUGUUCGAGAAGACGUGAUGCAACAAAAUCCGUUUGAUUUUUCCCUACUACACCAAAGGGUACGGGAUGCUGGUCAAAGACUAAAGGGGGACGUUCUAUGUGAGCACAAAAGGGGUACUAAAGACCCUUGUUGAAAUGCCAGAUUUAUGUGAGCUCAAAAAAUAAGACCAUGAUAAAUCUAUUCAAAACUUCACAGCGCUUUUCAUCACCAAAUGGACAACAUACCUUCAGUGAAGCAAGCUGGUGGUGGCUGUUCUUCAUCUAGAAUUGAGGACUUAGUCAAGGUGGAAGGAAUUUUGAGCAGUUCCAAAUAGGAAUCGGUGUUAGCACACAACCGUUAGGAAUCACCUAGAAAGAAGGAGAGAAUGUCAGGGAAAGCCUACUGGAACAUCUGAACUUUAUUUGUGAUGAAUCAGAAUCACUUGAAAUGGUGGCAUCACAGUCACGUCCCCAGUUAGAAGAGGGUGAGCAUAGUUAUGCAAACAUCUCAGUUGUGUAUUUUAAUCCCCUCUUUCUAAAAGAUUAAAGACAAAAUAAUUGAUUUUGACCGAAGAAAAAGGGAAAACAGUAUUGAAAUUAUUUAUCUUGAGAUUUGAACAGGGAUGUGUAGAUUUUACAUCCAGUGUGCACACAACACAAACGGUAACAAUACACCAGCAUCACCAGUCUGGACACAUGCCACGAAAUUACCAAUUAUCAUCAAGCUCUGGAAUUGUGUAAAUAGAUACAUGAUUUUUAAAAUGAAUAUUUUGUUUUCUAUUCCGAUUUUAUUAUUUCUCAUUCCUGAGUUUAGCACUCCUUGGUUGCUUUGUGAUGCCGCACACAAAACGGCUAUGCCGUUUUUGCUGAUGCUCAACAUCAUAGGCCUGAGAAGUAAGCGGAAAGUGAAAUGUGCAAAAGCAUACAAAAAAUAUUUAUAGAAAUAUACUCUACCCCAAAGGAAGUGGGACAGUGAGGCCAAUUUCUUUAUUUUUGGAGAACACUGAGCAUGUUUGAUUUUGACUUCAAAAGAUAAAUGGGAGGCAAGAGUUCAGCAGUUCAGAUUUUAUUUCCAGGUAUUUAAAUCGGGAUCUGACACAAAAUUUUAUCGGAAGGCCAGACUGGGAUUUGCCAAAAAGUACACAGAUGAGCUCCAGAAAUUGUGGGUCAACGAUUUAUGAACUUUUUUUGCCUCAUACUCAUCCUUUAACAUCAAACCCAAAUAAUUCUAGUCUACAAGAGGUGGCCAACUUCCUUUAGAAAUUAAGGAGAGGUAGCUCUUGUUUUUUUAACCAGAAUUUAAAAGUAGGAAAAAAAAAGAUUCAAAAGCUUUAUCAUAAACCACAUGAUAGAAAUACGUAUUUGCUGUAUUUACAAGUCAUUCUAAUGUCUUUUGUUGCAGGUUAGAAAAAUGAUAGUGACAAUCAAUCUUAGCAAAUGACCUUCAUCUUGUGAUGAGUAUUUAUUUUAUUAACAAGUAUUUAUUUUAGUAAAUUUCUCACUCAUUUUCAAAAUAAGGGUUUGUCCGUGGUGAGAGCUUCUGUGUACAUUAUCAGCAUAUGUGGAAGUUGCCACGCUCUUUCGUGAGGCCAAAAUGCAUACAUUUUAUGAUUUCUGCACUGUGACACCAGUUUGGUGGAUUCCUGUGGUUUGUUUUGUCUCCUUGUCUCUCUCGGCUUUGACUGACAUCGUUGCAAAUGUGAUGGUAAAAAAAUAAUGUAUUUUUUAAAAGCUUGACUGAGUGAUGUUUUUUCACCCCAUGAUAGGGACAUUUUUUACAUGCUGGGCUUCAGUCUCAUAGAAUGGCAGGAAAGAGGAGAGACUUCAUAUUUGUAGUGUAAAUGACAUUAGAAGGGCUAUUUUGCAUUGUAGUACAGUGGUGCCUUUAGAAAGGAGUUUAAAACAUACUUGUAUCGCAAAUCUUAUUUCCCCAAAAUGAAAUAAAUAUAAAUGCCAUUUACGCA